CUCGAGCUCAGCGCGUGUUUGGGGAAGACCACGAGACAGGAAAAGGUUGGUUUCGAGAGAACAGAAAGACCUCCAGAGGAGCCACGGACGGAGCCAACACUGCAGCCAUGAUUCUCCAGCCUGUGUGGGACUACGUCCUCGGAUACAGCCAUUUACUCAGGUCCCCCUUCUUCCCCGUCAUCUUUUCGCUCUCCGUCUACCUCCUCUUCUGCCUCCCUUUCGUCGUGCUGGACCUGCUGUCCCCCAGAGUCGCCCUGAUCCGCCGCUACAAGAUCCAGCCGGAGAGCAUCGUCACCUGGGACGUCAUGAAGAGCUGCCUGGCUCUGGUGCUCUACAACCACCUGGUGUACAUCUUCCCGGUGACCGUCCUGCACUGGUACUGGAGACCGGUCGCCCUGCCCAGAGAAGCCGUGGGGGUGCUCAGUCUGCUGUGGGGGCUUCUGGCCUGCCUGCUCCUCUUUGACUUCCAGUCCUUCGUCUGGCACCUGCUGCACCACAAGGUGCCCUGGCUUUACCGCACCUUCCACAAGGUGCAUCACACCCACACAGCCACUUCCGCUCUGACCACCGAGCACUCGGGGGCUUGGGAGACCCUCUCCCUCGGCGUCUUUGCAGCCAUCAACCCCUUCAUCUUGGGCUGCCACCCUCUAACAGAGAUGGCCUUCUUUGUAUUAAACAUCUGGCUGUCCGUCGAGGACCACUGCGGCUACGACCUGCCCUGGGCCACCCACCGCCUGGUACCCUGGGGGCUGUACGGCGGAGCGCCACAUCACGACCUCCACCACCUCAAGUUCAAGUCCAACUACGCCCCCUAUUUCACCCACUGGGACUACCUGGCUGGAACGUUACUGGUGCACGAUGACUGAACAGGUGGGCGAGGUCUCGCGGACUAUGAGGGGCUUUCCGAGCUGACUUUCUGUCCCAGUUGCCCUGAAAGACAUGUGAAGGAAAAAGAAGGAGCCCUCGCUCAACUACGGGUCCACCGACCGAGAGGGCGCCCCCACCUGGGGGGUCGGUGGCAAGGCUAGUGUAGCGCGUCUGAAUCCCCGAGGGCUCUGGGCGAAGCACAAGAAGCUCGGGGUCCAAGCGAGCCAGCUGAAGCUCCCAGACUGAAAGCGAUCAAACCGGAAUCUGAUCCCGAAGGAAAUCCAUUAUGUUGGAUUUGAAGUCUUAGCUGCAUGUAAUGAUGAUGCAACAAUAUUUAUUAAUGGCAUUUAGCUGUCAAAUGUACCCAAACAGUGUAUGUGUGUGUAUGUGUGUAUGUGUGUGUGUGUAUAUAUAUAUAUAUAUAUAUAUAUAUAUAUAUUUAUUUUAGAUAUAUCAGGUCAAUGUGGACGUCACAGGGAUGAACCGGACAGCCUCGCACUGACAGAAGCUCUUUUAUAUUAAAAGUCGUUAGAAAUGAAGUGCUCUGCAUUAUCGUCUAGAGAAGAUUUGUAUUUCAUCUGUUGCCACGGGUUACUGACGUGAAGCGUUAUUUAUCUCCUCGCUCUUUAUUAUUUAUUAUUUACGUGUGUGUGUGUGUGUGUGUGUGCGCGCGCGUGUUGAUGGAGAAAGUGUUGGGCCGGCUAUUUUCCAAGUUGGCACGUGACGUGGAAGUUGCGGCGCGUCCUUUUUCACCGUGAGGCAGUGGCCGCGUGAGAGGAAAGGACUUCCGGUCUGACGGACUCCGCCCCCCUCCCCUCCCCCUCCCUCGUGCUUUCACCGGUGAAAGUAGACUGAACGUGUUUAGUGGCGGAGAUGUGUCCUCGGCGAGACGUCCGUGGCUGUUUCCGUCCCUGUGCUUGUUGCCGGUGGCACCAGGGGUCGAGCCCAUUCCUAACAGAGGGGGCGCUGUAGGUGUUUGUGUGUGCGUUUGUGUGUGUGUGUGUGUGAAGACUGAUUUCGAUGACAACAGUAUGUGAAUGGCUGAAGCAAGUGUCUGGUAUGCUUGCAGGUUAUGGCUCUUAUGCAGGUUUGCACAACACAAUGUGACUAUGUCGGAUGGAAAUAUGUGGAAUAUGUUCACAUCGUGUAAAAAUGUAGAUUAUAACGCGUCUCAGCGACUGAAGCGUGUGGAAACUACACACCAACUCUGUAUGACAAUCCAGGAAACAACAACAACCAAAUAAAGUGACAACAACAAA